UAAACAAAGGCUGAGAAGUUAAAACAACAGCACCAGCAAAAGUGUCUUUAUCAUGACGUUUAUCUUAAUCUCAAGAAGCCCAAGAAAAUUGUUAAGAAACUUUUUAAUGGCUGUCUUCAUCGUCCUGGCCUUGCGAAUGACGAGGCGGCCGGAGCGCGCAGCGAGCAGGACCGCCCGAGCGACAGAGGAACCCAGAGUCGAAAUCUUCCGCCACAAAGACCUCCUUCGCGCCAAACCGAUGGGCGGGCGAUGGGCCUCGGAGAUGGAGGAGGUCCCCCUCGAGUCGGUGGACCUCGAGGAGGUGGGCCUCAGGCUGGAGAAACGAAGGUCGGAGAUCAGGCGUCGGUGCGAGACGUCCCUCUCGCCGGCGGAGCUGACGGAGGCGCCCAACAGCAGGGAGUUCCUCAUCAACAGGGACUACGGCCUCGUGUGGUGCAACGUGUUCAAGGCCGCCUCCUCCACGUGGCUCUACAACUUCCUCCUGCUGGCGGGGAUCCCCCAGAAGGUCAUAGAGCGGUCGAGGUCAUCCCCCGUGGAGGUCGCCCGCAGGGGGGCGUACCCGCGGCCAUCCGUCGAGGAGCUCGGGGCGGUUGUCGCGUCGGCCAACGUCACGGCCUUCGUCAUCGUCCGGGAGCCCUUCCGGCGCCUCCUCUCGGCCUUCAGGGACAAGAUCGAGUUCAACCGACAGGCGCAUUAUCGUGCGCUGCGGUGCCACAUCCAGACCAGGCUCGGCCGGCGGCCCCGUCGCGGCGCGGACUGCCAGCCGACCUUCCCCGAGUUCGUGGAUUACCUGCUGGAGGAGCGGGCGAAGGGCAACGCCCCCAACGAGCACUGGGCGCCCUACUACUCCUUCUGCUCGCCGUGCCAGGUGGCCUUCGAUUACGUCCUGCGCUUCGAGAGUCUGCCGGAGGAGGAGAGGUUCCUGAUCGAGGCGGUCCCAAGACUCUCCACCGUCGUGCAUCCUCGCCGACUUCACUCCUCCCACACCGACUACGAGAACGUCACCAAACACUACUUUUCCCAGCUGUCCAAAACGAAGCUGCUGGGCCUCUACGAGAUCUACAAGCGCGAUUUCGAGAUCUUUGACUACGACGCGACACCUUAUUUCACUUACGUCAAGGAUUCGUAGAGAGGAGAAGAGGAAGAACAGAAUAAGUGAAAGGAA